AUGUUAAAGCAACGAGAAGCAGAGGCAAUUAGGACAGGCAGCACCUGGCCGCGCACGUACGGUCAGCAUGGCGGGCGUGCUGCUGCUCGUGCUGCUCGUUCUCAUGCCAUCGUCGGCCACGGCGAUCGGCUCAACGCCACCCUCCCCGGCAACGCCUCCUCCUCCCCGCAGCUCUUCGUCAACGCCACCGCCAACGCAAACACAAACGGGACCGCCGGCGUGGUGCGCGGGCUCGCGCUCUGCCGCCAUGACACCACCAACCUCACCGCGUGCAGGGAGUGCGUCGCCUCGUCGUUCGCCUACGCGCAGAAGAUGUGCCCGAACCACACGGCCGCCACCGUCUACUACGACUACGACGAGACGAACGCCCUGAAGCCAGGGUGCCUCCUCGGCUUCUCCGGCGACCGGGGCUUCCUCAGCACGGCGUCCGGCACCACCGGUAACGGCACCUUCUUCCAGUAUUUCAACACGGUGAACAUCGCCGGCAACGCUGGCGUCGUCGCUGCGGCCGUCCGCCAGCUCCUCUCGCAGACGGCGCGGGACGCGGCCGCCGCGGCCAGGAGGUUCGCCACAGGGUUCAUGGACGGCGGCACCACGACAACACUCUACGCCCUGGCGCAGUGCACGCCGGAUCUGUCCGCCGGCGACUGCCUGGGGUGCCUCCAGCGGCUCGUGGGCUCGAUCAACGCCACCAACUCCGUGCGCCUCGGUGGCCGGAUCUUCCGGCUCCGCUGCAACGUCAGGUUCGAGGCCUUCAUGUUCUUCGACGACAAGAACAUGCGGCGGAUUCCAUCUCCGACAUCCAUGUCUCCGGCGCCGGCGCCGGCGCCGGCAAGCAAGAGACAUGGAGUCAAACCUUGGGUAAUUGCCUUAUCGGUGGCUGCUUCUGUUGCACUGGUUGCAAUCUGUUUCAUCGCCUACUGUCUUCGGCGGCUUAGAAAAAAGAACACAAAAGGUACACAAGGAAAGCGUACUCACGAGUUUCAAGAAGGCGAUGAACAAGUUUGGGAAAUGGAAACAGAGUUGGCCGAUUUUUCAGUAUUUGACUUUAAUCAGAUAUUAGAGGCUACAGAUAACUUUUCCGAAGAAAACAAACUUGGCGAAGGUGGAUUUGGCCCUGUUUAUAAGGGCCGCUUUGCUGAUGGAGUGGAGAUAGCAGUUAAGAGACUUGAUGCGGAUUCAGGACAAGGUUUCAUAGAGUUCAAAAAUGAAGUUGAGCUCAUAGCCAAACUGCAACACAGGAAUUUGGUUAGGCUCAUGGGAUGUUGCUCUCAAGGAGAGGAGAAAAUACUCGUCUACGAAUACUUGCCAAACAAAAGCUUGGACUUCUUUAUCUUUGAUGAAGAUAGAAAAGCUCUAUUGGACUGGGAUAAACGUAUUGUGAUAAUUAUAGGAACAGCAGAAGGACUUCUUUACCUACAUAAGCACUCUAGGUUGCGUGUUAUACAUCGAGAUCUUAAACCAAGCAACAUUCUCUUGGAUAGCGAAAUGAAUGCUAAAAUAUCAGAUUUUGGAUUAGCAAAAAUAUUCAGCUCAAAUAACACCGACACAAAUACUACAAGAAAAGUGGUUGGUACAUAUGGCUACAUGGCACCUGAGUAUGCAUCCCACGGCAUUUUUUCUAUCAAAUCGGAUGUAUUCAGCUUUGGUGUUUUAACUCUCGAGAUCGUUAGCGGGAAGAGGAAUUCCCAUGAAUGUGGAGCUUUCAUCAACCUCCUUGGACAUGCUUGGCAAUUAUUUGAAGAGGAAAGCUGGAGCGAACUCAUUGAUGCAGCAUUGGUUCCCAACAUUUAUUCGACAGAAAUGAUGAGGUGCAUUAACAUUGCACUGUUGUGCGUACAAGAGAAUGCAGUUGAUCGACCAACCAUGUUGGAUGUAAUUGCAAUGCUAAGCAACAAGACCAUGAUCUUACAAAAGCCUAAGCACCCAGCAUAUUUCAGCUUAAGCACUGCAGGGAACAAAGAAGCACCCACUACUACUCAUUCUUGUAGUGUUAAUGAUGUGACUAUAUCUACGGUGACGCCUAGAUAG